AUUUCGGGUGGAGAGUCCUCUUGUCUACAUAUAAUAGAGAAAGGAAGGAGAGUACAUCAUGCUGCGUUCAGAAAAUGACGGAGAUGCCGAGAAGCAGGAGACGUGCAGUAAGGAAAUUGAAUUCAAUUUCGCAUGAUACAGUUUAUUGUAUGGUAAUCGCGCUGAGAGAAAAUAACAAUAACCCAGGUUUCCCUACAAUUUUAGCCACAGAAUCCGAAGAGAAUGUAGCUGUUGGAUGA